CGCACUCCCCGCGCCUCGCACACUUGCACCGGCUGCUCGCGCGCAGCCCGGCGUCGCCCCGUGCAGCGCUCGCUCCUCCCUCCCUCCUCCCGCUCCGUGGCUCCCGCGCUCCCGGCGAGGCUCAGGCGCCGAGCGCGCGGACGGGCGCACGGACAGACGGCCCCGGGGAAGCCUCGGCCCGCGCCUGCCGGGCGGGCUAUGUUGAUUGCCGCGCCGGGGCCGGCCCGCGGGAUCAGCACAGCCCGGCCCGCGGCCCCGGCGGCCAGCGGGGACUAUGAACCGGAAAGCGCGGCGCUGCCUGGGCCACCUCUUUCUCAGCCUGGGCAUGGUCUACCUCCGGAUCGGCGGCUUCUCCUCCGUGGUAGCUCUGGGUGCGAGCAUCAUCUGUAACAAGAUCCCAGGCCUGGCUCCCAGACAGCGGGCGAUCUGCCAGAGCCGGCCCGACGCCAUCAUCGUCAUAGGAGAAGGCUCGCAAAUGGGCCUUGACGAGUGUCAGUUUCAGUUCCGCAAUGGCCGCUGGAACUGCUCGGCGCUGGGGGAGCGCACCGUCUUCGGGAAGGAGCUCAAAGUGGGGAGCCGGGAGGCUGCCUUUACGUACGCCAUCAUUGCUGCCGGAGUGGCCCACGCCAUCACAGCGGCCUGCACCCAGGGCAACCUGAGCGACUGUGGCUGCGACAAGGAGAAGCAAGGCCAGUACCACCGGGACGAGGGCUGGAAGUGGGGUGGCUGCUCUGCCGACAUCCGCUACGGCAUCGGCUUCGCCAAGGUCUUUGUGGAUGCCCGGGAGAUCAAGCAGAAUGCCCGGACUCUCAUGAACUUACACAAUAACGAGGCAGGCCGAAAGGUAGGCGGCCAGGAGGGGAGCCGGGCGGCUCCGGCAGAGAUGCCGCAGGGUUCCUUAUUCAGAAUGGCUGGUGUCGGGUCUCCUGUGGUGAGCCACAGGGCUCUGCACACAGCCUCAUUCUGCUUGACUCUGUUGUCAGUUCGCUGCUGGUCAGGAUUUGUGGGUGCGUGAUGCUUGUCAGUUACUGAAGCAGUUGAAUAAUUGAAUCUCUGUUAAAACAAGUUGGAUGUAGCUCAGCAAGAUGGAAAGAGGGACAGACGUGAACUCUUAUCUUUGGGUCCACAAAAUCAGCUGUACAUAACUCUGAUUGUGGGGAGGGGUUGAGGUGAGUUCAGUAGGAGUCAUCCCUGUGGAGCAGCUGCCAGGGCUGCUAAUGUGUCCUUGGUCACCUUAGCCAAGAUCUGGAGCUCAGAAUAAAGGAGGUGACAAUA